CGCGCAAAGCGCGGGCGAAAAACAGACCGUCAGGCGCAUGCGCGCGCAGUGUCGUCACUUCCUGUUGUUCCUGAGGGACAGACUGGGGGGAAAGUGUUGUUGUCGUUCACUUCCGACGCUGGUUCUGUGGGUUUGUUCGGUAUUCAGUGUAUGGCAAACCGAAUAAUAUUCUAAGAAUCUACAAAUGGAAUCAGAAGUUAAAGAAGGUGAAGAAGAGAGCCUGCAAACAGCUUUCAAAAAGCUACGAGUGGAUCCAGCUGGACCUGGCUCUUUGAGUGAAGGACUAAGGGUUCCAGUUAGAGCUGCUGUUGAUGGAGGCAGGCAUCAGACUGGCUGUUCAAGGGAGACCUGGCAUGGAUGUACAAGGAAGCCCUUGAGAGGGGCAACAAGGCCACAGCGUCGAAGGCGUUCCAAAUCUCCUGUCCUGCAUCCCCCCAAGUUUACAUACUGCAGCAUAAAAGCAUCUUCUGCCAGUAACCAGCUGAAACACAAAAGCCAAAUGGAUGCUUCAAAGAACAAAAUUGGUGCAGAACCUGGUGUUACAGAAGAGCCAUACUUGGCAGGAAAAAGAUGCCCGCUUUUCGACAAGAGCAAGUGCAGUAGAGCCAGAGAAGAACACCAGAGCACUUUUACCAGUGAACAGCCUUUGGAAGACUCAGGAAAAAGUUGUCCUGCAUUUUCUUUGACAUUUGAAACCAACCUGGAUCCUAGCCAACCUUCAGAUUUCCAGUCACUCUCCAAGUUGAAUUAUGAGAAGAAAUGCCCUUGUGUGGUCAAGGAAUGCCGAUGCAAACCAUGGCAAGCAAUAGAAGCAUAUUCAUUUUCUGGUUUGCGGAGUGUCCUGUCAGAAUGUGAAAAGGCAGUCCUGGAAGUACGUUCACAAUCUUUGCCAAACAAAUCGCCUUCUGGUAUGGGUACCUCAGGUUCUGCCCGGUCUUGUUCUGAGCAAGCUCGAGUUUUUGUGGAUGAUGUGACUAUUGAGGAUCUUUCAGGGUACAUGGAAUAUUACUUAUAUAUUCCCAAGAAAAUGUCCCACAUGGCAGAGAUGAUGUAUACUUGACAUGAGAAUCAUGGGUUGUAAAUUCAGUGGUGGUAGUGAGAAAUUCCCUCAGUGCCAUGAUUGGAAAUUUGUCCAUUGUCAUUGCGGCAUGUUUGAUCAAAUCUUUAUUUUCUCCAUACAGUGUAGUUUUUUUAAAAUAAAGUUUUAAAAAGAGAGACAAUUUCUGUCAUAAAGGUGCAUAAAAUUACCCUGGGUUAAGUUUUCCAUUUGUUUCAUUCUAAUAUUAAAUUAGCUUUUUAAAAGUAGCAGUUUUUUUAAAAAUCUGCUCUCUUUAAACCUGGAUUUGCUAGGGGCCCAGCAUAUUUUAAUCGCAAACAAAAAUUACUGAGUUGCAAUAAUUCAAAAGAUGGAAAUGAUAAUAUGCUUCCUUGCUGCUUUUUACAGAAGAAUCAGGUUUUCAGGUCAGACUGGAUAUCUUAGAAGUGGUUUGGCAUGAGGAGGGAUGUGCACAACCUUUCUGAGCAAUUUUGCUAUCCUGCAGCCCCUUUAGCUUUCAUGUAUGCCUGAGAUGUUUUGCCUUGGGAGAACCCUGCAAAUCAAUUUUGAAUACUGUGGCCAAUAAGAAUAUCAUUUUAGCCAGCAUUUCAGUGGAAAGUGUUAAGUAUAGGCUUAAAAAAAAAACAGUCUCACCAUCUACCACCCUCUGUUCCUGUUUAGUGAUCCAUUCCUGGAUUUUCUUGUAGAAAAGUUGCUUCUUAUUUUGAAGAGGUAUAGACUUCAACUAGUUUGGAAAGAAGUCUUGCACUGUUUCUCCUUCAGCCACUGUCCCACUCUGCCUUCACUGUCAGAGCCUUCUGUAAUCCUUCAAAAUUGAUUCUUAUGCUGGCUUUAUGAGUGAAGAAAGUGAACUUAAAAUACAACCACAAAAGUACUGAUAUGGACACACAUUAAGAAGACAUUUUGAGUAGUCAGACACUUGCUUCUUUUUAGCAAGCAUCUUGAUCAGUAUAGAUGGAUGUUUUCAGAAUCCACAGUGCAAAGCGAUUUGUACAUGACACACAAAUUUAGCCUGCUUUUAUCAGCGCAUGCCUGUAAGCCAUUGGCAGCCUAAAAAGGACUGUCUCCCUCUCCCCUUGAAUUAAGCACCUUACAAAAGGAAACAAGAUUAAGCCUUAAAUCUGAUUGUUUAUGUCAACUAAACUAGAGCCAGUGAAUCAAUGGGAGCUUGGUAUGUUAGUGCUGUGUCUGUUCCAGUGGCUCACUGUCUACUCUAGAUGUGACUAACAGUUGGAUUUAGGCCUAACCAUGCAUAUCUACAAGGUAGGAGUGCAAGUUAAAUAUGUUGCACAAGCCUACAAAUUAGGCCAAAGGGGAAAUUGUGUUCCAUUGUUUCUUCUCUAUGCCUUUCUUAAAGCAGAGGUAUAAAGCUUUCAUUAAAAAUUAAAAUGAUAUUGUGCACUUGCUGUGAAUUUUGAAGUUCCUUUCUGAAUUACUACAAUUUCACCUGAAAGCAGCCAUUUAUACCAUGAACCGCAGGGAUGAUGAUCUAAAUCAGAGGAACAUGCAGAAUUAGCUGAGUGUUUCCAUACCUAGCCACAAAUAUACCAUCCAACACACACACACACUGUCUAAAAGAUCUAGAUCUGAUCUGAUCUUGGAUGCUAAUCAUGGUCAGCCCUGGUUAGUGCUUGAAUGGAAGACCACCAAGAAUUAUCAGGUUCUGGAGACUAUAUUUCAGAGGAAGGAACUGGCAAAACAGCCUCUGAGUAUUCCUUGCCUAAGAAAACGCUAUGAAAUUCAUGGAGAUGCAGCAGGUGACUUGAAGCCGCAUACACACGUGUGCAGUGGGAAAUUAUUCUCCAUCUAGCAAGAAAUCAAUUUUCUUUUUAUAAGGUUUUGAGAAAAGUGAUUUGGAUGAACACUGUGGCAAAGCUUUCAGUUUUCUUUGAGCAACUACAAAGUAUCAUUUGCAUAAGGUCCUAUGCCACCGCUGCCUUAAAAGAGUGAACUAGUUACUACUGAAAUACUAAAAAAUUUUGGAUGGCCUAGAUAUGUAUAUGGUUAACUUCUAUUUCUUGAUACUGUGCUAUGCCAUACAAAUCCUAUUGAAAAUAAUGCCAUACUUUGAAACUUUGCUAUGCUAUACAAAAUUCAUUGAAAACAAGAAUCCGAUCAUUUGCUUCAUUUCUAUAGAACCUACGCAGGAAGACACACUAGUGGGUUGUGUUCCUGAUGACUGUGUCAGCCACAUUUAAGCUGAAUAUGUGGCCUGACUCCGUUCCAAAGUAUUGUCUUUAUAGAGAGCUGAAAGUUUAGCCUGUAGUGGUCAAUUUACAUGUACAAAUUGCCACUUCUUGCUGUAGCCAUUACGUGAUAUGUAAGUGUGCCAUCCCCUGGAUGUCAGUAUUUGUCCUUGCACCAUGGUGUGUAAUUACUGCUGUAAAACUUUUUAAAGGAUUUAAUUAA